CAACAUAACAUGGCGCAGUCGGUAGUCUCGGCGGGAACGGUGUUUAAGAUUCUCGUCGUUCGUGAUUAUCGUAAAAUACGAUAAUUAGUUAAAAUAUGACAAACAGUGUAAAAGUGGAUUCUCGUCGAAUACCAGUAAGAGUAUCGUCGACGAGAACACAUGUAAAGUGUCAAGCUGGAGACAAACGGAAAGUCAGUUCCGGGAAACGUGCCCGAACACGCGCUUGAAGAGAAGUCGCAGGACGAGUCGACAACAAGCGGGGACACGGAAAGUAAUUAUACGGACGCAAACUCGUUAGUAGAGAAUUUCGAUAUUAUGGAAACCUCGAUGAAGGCACCACCACCGUUGUCGUUCGACGGCAAUGUUAAAGAAAAUUGGCUCAAAUGGAAACAAAGGUUUGACUUGUACAUGGAAGCCACUGAAUUAGAUACAAAGCCAGAGGCGAGAAGAAUCGCCGUUUUCUUACAUACGAUAGGAGAAGAGGCACUGGAAAAGUACAAUACUUUCAAUCUAAGUGCAGAUGAUAAAAAGAAGUUCGACGCAGUAGCGGCGGCAUUUGAGAAUUACUGCACGCCGAAAGCAAACGAAACUGUAGAAAGACAUGUGUUUUUCACGCGCGUGCAACAGAGCGAUGAAAAUUUCACGAAUUAUUUAACGGAUUUAAAAAAGUUAAGUGCGACGUGUGGAUUUGAUCACCUUCGAGAUGGACUAAUAAAAGACAGAAUCGUGUGUGGAAUACGUGACACAGAACUAAAAAAUUGCCUACUACGUGAAGAAGAUUUAAAUCUAGAAAAGUGCAUAAAAAUCUGCCGAGCGGUAGAGCUGACAGAGAUUCAAACAAAGACGAUCGGCGAUGAAGCCAAAGUUCACGCGGUCAAGAAAUCUGAAAAGCACGCGGCGACCGGAAAUUCUCGGAAGCAGACUUCGAGCGGCGCGCGCGGCAACAACAGCGGCGGAAGCGACAAGGCGCGAAGCAGCGGCGCAGGCAGCAAGGCAAGUGGUGGCGCAGGGAGAAGUUCGCCAUCUUCGUCCAACCAACAGCGGACAUCUUGCCAGCGAUGCGGCCGUCAGCAUACGUAUCGUCAAUGCCCGGCGUACGGUAAAGAAUGCAAUAUAUGUAAGCGGAAAAAUCAUUUUGCGAAAAUGUGUAGAAGCAAAAACAGUUCAGAGCAUCGCGAUGAUAAAGUAGAUUCUUUAUAUGUCGGUAGUUUAAAUAGUAGUAACAAUGAGUUUGAUUGGAUGGAGAAUACUACAGUAAAUAAUUCGCGUAAAAUUGAAGUAAAACUAGACUCAGGCACGCGAUGCAAUGUGUUACCGAGUUAUAAGUUAAAGAAUUUAAAAUUGAAAAAUGUUAAAAUAGAGAAAACUAACGUAAAAUUAACAGCAUAUGGUGGCCAAAGAAUAAACGUAGUUGGCAAAUGUAGGUUAAACUGUAAAUUUGUAAACAGAGAAAAUGUAGACUUAGAAUUUGUAGUAACUGAAAAUACGGAUGAUCAGCCAGUGAUAAUAGGCUUACCUAGUCUGAUGCAACUCAAUACUGUGCAAAGGGUACACAAUAUUAAAGCAAGUGAAAACAGUAAUAAUUUAACAGUAGAAAAAAUUUUAAAUAAACACAAAAAAGUCUUUGAAGGCAUUGGAUGCGUAACUAAUUUUGAAUAUGACAUUCAAUUAAAAGAGGACGCUAAACCUACUAUUGCUGCAUGCAGAAAAAUACCGAUAGCAUUAAAUGAUCAAGUAAAAAAAGAAUUAGACAAAAUGGAAAAAGACGGUAUAAUUAAAAAGGUUACUGAACCAACUGACUGGGUUCACCCAAUAGUAAUAAGUAAAAAGAAAAAUGGGCAGAUUAGAAUUUGUAUAGACCCAACAGAAUUUAAUAAGUUUGUUAAAAGAUAUCACAGAAAAAUACCUACUUUUGAUGAAUUAAGUUCCGAUAUAGCAGGUAGUAAAGUUUUUAGCGUACUUGACGCAGAUAGAGCCCUUCACCAAAUAAAACUGUCUGAAAGAAGCAGCUAUAUGAUGACAAUCAUCACGCCCUUUGGUAGAUAUAGGUACUUGAGAAUGCCAUUCGGCAUAAAUUCUGCUACUGAAGUAUUUCAGGAUUGCUUCGAGGAAAUCUUUGGUAAUAUAGAAGGCGUUGAUAUUUAUGUUGAUGAUGUCAGAGUAAGAGGUAGAAAUCAAAAAGAACAUGAUUUAAGACUAGAAAAAGUUCUGGAAAGAGCAGAACAAAGAAAUGUAAAAUUUAAGUUUGAUAAAUGUAAAAUUAGUAGUUCAGAAGUUAAAUAUAUGGGUCAUGUGUUUACUGAACAAGGUAUAAAACUUGAUACUGAUAGAGUAAAGUCAAUUGUCGAUAUGAAGCCUCCAAAGGAUAAAAAAGAACUAGAAACUUUUCUUGGUAUGAUUACGUACGUAUCGAGAUUUAUCCCUAGUUUAGCAACCAAAAAUGCUGUGUUAAGAGAACUAACAAAGAAAAAUGUACAAUGGAAUUGGGACGAAAAUGCGAAUAAAGCGUUCACAGAAUUAAAAGAGAUCUUAUGUAAAGCGCCUGUUUUGCAAUAUUAUGAUGUAAAUGAACCUGUAGUUUUAAGCGUAGACGCAUCGAAAAGUGGUCUUGGAGCUGUACUACUACAGAAUGGCUUGCCAGUAGCGUAUGCAAGCAAAGCGUUGACUCAAACUGAACAAAGAUACGCUCAAAUCGAGAAAGAAGUGUUAGCUAUAGCAUUUGGUUGCAUAAAAUUUGAUCAACAAAUUUAUGGUAAAGAAAUUUUAGUAGAGUCAGAUCAUAAGCCGCUUGAGGCAAAUUUAAAAAAAUGUAUUAAUGAUUGCCCUGCUAGGCUACAAAGUAUAAGAUUAAGGUUAAAAAGAUACAAUUUAACUGUAAAAUACAAACCUGGUUAAGAAUUAUUUUUAGCAGAUGCAUUAUGGAGAGCAUAUAGUAACUGUGAAAAAUUAGAUCUAGAAAAAGAGAUCGAAACACAAGUCUGUUUAGUUAUGGAAAGCUUUCCCAUUUCUUUAGAUAAAAAAGAUCAGUUUAUAAAAGAAACGGAGGCUGAUGAAGAAAUGCAACUGCUAAUCAAAUAUAUACAAGAAGGCUGGCCUACCACUAAGAGUCAGGUUGCGAGCACUGUUAAACAGUAUUAUAAUUAUUCUAAGGAGUUAAGUAUCAUAGAUGGCCUAGUAUUUAAAGGUAACAGACUAGUCAUGCCUAAAAGUUUAAGAAAAGAAAUGUUAAACUUAAUUCAUUUUAAUCAUCUAGGCAAAGAAAAGUGUAAAAACAGAGCGCGCGAAAUUCUGUUUUGGCCUUUGAUGAAUAAAGAAAUUGACGACGUUGUGGAUAACUGCGCAAUCUGCAAUAAGUACAGAAAAGGCAACGUACAAGAAACUCUAAUAAAUAGAGAAGUUCCAGACGGACCCUGGGAAACGUUAGGUGUAGACAUAUUCUACUACCAGGGAUUCUCGUUUUUGUUCAUUAUCGAUUAUUUCAGCAAAUACGUAGAGGUAGCGAAAUUGCGAGACAUGUCCAGCUGCUCUGUAAUUAGUGUGUUAAAAUCGCAAUUUGCUAGACAUGGCGUACCGUAUGUAAUGUACUCAGAUCCGGGUACACAAUUGAACAGCGCAGAAAUGUCAAAGUUUGCUGCAGAUUGGAACUUCACUUUGAAAACGUCAAGUACAAAGUACUCCCAAUCAAAUGGGAUGGUUGAAAGGCACAUUGCCACCAUUAAAAGAAUGUUUAAAAAACUUGAUGACGAUCCAGGUAAAGAUCCAAAUCUUGCAAUGCUAGAGUACAGAAACACUCCAAUAGGCGAGGGAUUAAAAUCACCUAAUGAAAUAAUGUUUGGUAGGAAAAUUCGCGGAAUUUUACCCAAUAAUAAAAAUUUUGAAAGAGAAAAAGAGAAUAGAGAGAUUAAAGAAAAAUUAAUAGAUAGACAGUUGCGUCAAAAGGAAUAUUACGAUAGAAAUGCGCACAAUCUAAAACCUGUAAAUAUAAAGUAAAAAAAGAAUUAAAUAAACCGAUGGUCCCAGCUAGAGUGACCAAGAUCUGCGAUAGGCCGAGAUCUUAUGAAGUGCAACUGCCUAAUGGUAAUGUAAUUGAAAGAAACCGCAGGCACUUGCAUGGUCCGGUUUACAGUGACGACUGUAAUAGCGAUAGCGCACAUGAUAAUGUAAACGAGCGUACAAAUGAAAAUGUUCGUGCUAGCUCACCGGCCAAAAAUGUAAAUACACCAACUAGAGAUGUAAAUAUACCGACGGGAGCUAGUCCUAAAGUAAACAUGCGAACACGCUCGGGUCGUGAAAUUAGAAAACCCGAGUACCUAAAAGACUAUGUACAAUAAAUGUGUUAGGUCUCCCCAAAGGAGGGAGAUGUGAUGAUAUGUUAGCGAUCUAGGGUUGGCAGCACUACUCACGCACUCACGCGGCUGCCUCCCCUCCCGACUAAAACAGUCUAGCCUGAGCGCUUCAUGGGCUCACACGCGUCCGGUCUCCGGCACCCCGCAAUUAUAUUAAUAAAGUCAUAAUAUUAAUCUUAACGGCACGAGUAUUUAUUUAUGGAACUUACACAACAUAACAGUACCAUUACACGGCUUAUGGAGGACAAGAAGACGAUAAAAUUUUAUAAAUAGUUCACGACAGCUUGUGAUCCAAAUUGGUUCUCGCUUCAUAUAUUUUAUAGAUCAAAAGAAGUAACAGCGUCUCGAAAUCAAGAAAUUACAUAUUAUAGUACACAAUUUGUAUAUUCUUUCGUACCUCUUUUAUAGCGAUUAAUGGGUGCGUUCCGCCGACACAACCGGUGAGUAACCGGUGAGACAACAGUUGCGAGUAACCAAUGAUCAGUAAUCAGUGUCUGCUGAACGACAUUUGUGUAUAUCCGGCGGGAAUAUACAAAAAAUGGAUCCAGCAUUAUUAAUUGCUUUGGAUAGUGGGUUCGAUUGCAAUUUAAUCAGAACAUUAAUAGAUGAUUUGACAGAACCUAUUAAUAAUGAUUCAAUAAUAAGAGAACGCGACGUUAGAGCCAACAAUGAAAAUUAUGCAGCGAUUAUAGUUCCUCUGUAUACUAAUAAUUUGUUUAAAGAACAUUUUCGAAUGUCACGCAUAAGUUUUGAAAUAUUAAUAAACACUAUUGGAAACAACAUGUUGGGUGGUCAAAACACCCCAAACGAUUUAAGUAAGAAAAUUAUGUUCAGUGUGUGGAUCUUAGCAAAAAGCUUCUUAUCUGUUGGGGACAGGCUUGGGAUUGCUAAAA